GGUAAAAUUCAGUGAGCCAAGAAAGUGAAAAAAACCAGUGCAGUAUCUGUUAGAUAACUCAGCCAUGAAGCAGCUUCUCUAUAUAAACCUGAAGGACACUGGAGGAGCAGGAGCUGACGGACACUGAGAUGAUGAUGUUUUCAGUUUUCUUGCUGCUGGCCCUUCCAGCUCUGUGCCUGACCGGUCCUCUGGACACCGAGAACGACAUGGAGCCGAUAGAUGAUCUCAGUGGCACCGAAAUCCCCGUCACCCCAUCCGUGGAAAUGGACCCAAGUCUUGUGACUGUUGUAAAGUUCAGGCGGAAGGAGCAGGCUCAGUCGUCUUCCAUCGUUCAAAGUGGUGAUGGCUCCAACCUGGAGUGGGUGCCCUGGCAUAGCCCUCUCCCUAAUGGUGCAGUCUCAAUCUACAAUGAUUACACUCAUCGCACUGAAUAUGUCUGCAAAUACAAGUGUUAUGCUGGUUUUUAUGACCCCUCUAAUAAAGUUCCUAAGUGCUACUAUCCCAACCAAAAAAAAGAAAAUGCUGGUUUCCCUUUUGACAUCCUGGUGAGCAGAGACAACUUUGAGAUCCUGGAGUGGGAGGGUGACUCCGAUGGUUCAGUUCCCAAGAAUUCAGUCAGGACCUGUCCCGAUGAGGACAUAUAUGUGGGGAAGAACGAAUAUGGACUUGGAAAGGUUGUUACUGAGGACAAGGUCUUCUACCUGCCGUGGGAGGGUUCUGAAUAUAGGUACAGCUACUACCAGGUCCUGACAGUCAGUGAGGAUAUCAUUAGCCAGGAGAUUUAUGAUGUCAGGUACAACACUGACAAGUCAAAGAUCUUAGAUUAUACCCCAGAGAUCAUACGCGAGUCCACCAUCCAGAAUCAGGAAUGUCACUCAGUGGUGAAAACAGACACCCUCACAGAGAUGGAUCAGGUGACACAUAGGUGGAACUCCUCAUUAUCUGUAAAAAGGGGUGUUAAAACAACUAUCAAAGCCGGUCUCCCCCUCAUCACUUCUAAUGGUAUUGAGAUCAGCUUAGAGCGAACAUUUGAGUACUCCAAGGGCAACACCGUGGUAGAAACCAUCACUGAUACAGUAUCUGUGGAGCUCACAGCCCCCCCAAACAAACGCUGCACCAUACAGAUGAUGAGGUAUAAAAGCAAGCUUACAAUCCCGUUCACUGCACUCAUCAAACACACCUACGGUAACGGGGAGGUCCACACAGUGUCCAUGACCGGGACGUACAGCGGCAUGCAGGUUGGAGAAGUUAAGGUGUUGCUUUCAAGAUGUGAACUUCUGGAUGAUUCUACAUGUACCUGAAAUAUAAAACUCUAACAUCAUGUUUGACAUGUAUAUCUAUAUGUUUGAUUAACCUCCAGUUUUUGGAUUAACUUUCAUUUAGUCACAUUUCAAUGACCUUGAUUAGGAUGAUUAAACUAAAGUGAUGUUAUUAAUAGAACAUUAUAAUAUGUUGA